CUGAGAUGUAAAUACGGGGAGGAGAAUGAUGCAAACUAAGACCUUAAUCUCGACGUAAAUUUUCAUCUGCAAAAGAAAUUUCAGUAGAUAAUCACUCCAAUAUCAACCUCAUAAAUCAGCCAAGAUGGCUCUAGGCCCUGACCUGGCGCAGCUGUCUAGGCAUCUGCGACAAGAGAGGCUGUAUGUCACAUCUGAGAGGGAACAGCUACAGAGUCUCUAUGAGCAGGUGAAAACUGCUGCAGAACAGCUUUACCAUCAGUCUUGGAUUGGUCGUCAACAGAAGACAUUCCUUGAUCUGCUUGUGUCUGCAUCCCAACAAGUCACGCCCACAGAGUGUUGUGCCAAGACGAGCCAGCUUGAAGCUACAAACUUCAUAGAUAGCUACAAACAGCUGAGCUAUCAUGAUUCAAAGUAUGGAGAGUUCUUGAAAUAUAUCUUGGAUAAUCCGGUCUUCAUUGGCACAGUGAUAGCCAUUGCUGAGAAAAGCAAUGUUCCAAAUGUGGCUGAUGUCAUAAAGACAUUGGUACGGUCGGUUUUUGGUAACUGCAUCUUACAAGAAGAUGAAACAGCAAUGUUACAUGUGCUGAAAAGUUUGUUAGAGUUACAAUUGUCAUCAAGUGUUGAUCCAAGAAGACUGUUGAGACGAGGCUCAUGUGCAUUUAGUGUAGCAUUUAAACAACUGUUUGACAUGGUGUUCUCUGCCAAAUUAUUCCUGACCGCCGCGUUACAUGACCCCGUUAUGAGACUUUUGAUGGAGGAUGAGUGGUUCUAUGACAUCGACCCAGGGAAAGCACUCGUUCGCUUCCCACCAGCAGAGCGGCUGCGAAGGUUUGGAGAGCCGGGUACCGACCAAUACAAAGAGAAGUUGGUGAAAUAUCGGACAACUAUUGUAGACAAACUGGUGCUUAUGGCGAAUAGGUUUAUCACGUCCAUCAAGAACAAUAUGCACUGCUUUCCUCAGAGUCUUGGCUGGAUUGUGUCUCAGGUGUAUCAAGUGCUGGCCAAGUCGGGUAAAGCUGAGAUGGGUGAGGUGAGAUCGGUUUGUGCCGACCUUGUGUUUGCCCUGUUCAUCUGUCCUGCAAUAUGUGACCCCGAACCACAUGGCAUUACCACAGAUGUGCCCAUCAGAAGCAAGUCACGUAACAUGAACUAA